GCUAUUCCAUCCUCUCCCACACCUACUCCCUAUACAUACAUACUCCCCAUCUUCUUCCUCCCUCUUCUUCUACAACAUUCCCUCCUCUCUCUCGAUUUCUCCGAUCACUCCUCUCAGCAUCUCGAUCUCCCCAUGGCUGACGCAGAAGCCCAGACGGCCGUGCCCGUGGAGGUUGUGGAGCAGCCGCCGCCCCCCGUUCCGGAACCCGAACCCCUCAAAGCCGCUCCCAAAGACCUAGCAGAAGAGAAGGCUGUUAUAGUCUCUCCCGCUGUUCCUCCUCCCCACGUGGAAGAGAAGGAGAAGGAGAAAUCAGACGCCGCCGACGACGACUCCAAAGCUCUUGUCCUCCUCGAUCCCAAAGCUCCUGAACCAGAAAAGGAAGAAGAGAAAAAAGAGGGAGGAUCUAUUGAUAGAGAUAUAGUGCUUGCUAGAGUAGCUACUGAGAAGAAGCAUUCGCUCAUCAAAGCCUGGGAAGAGAGUGAAAAGGCAAAAGCUGAGAACAAAGCUCAAAAGAAGCUAUCUGAAAUUGUCUCAUGGGAAAACAAGAAGAAAGCAACCAUAGAAGCUGAUCUGAAAAAGAUUGAGGAAAAGCUGGAGAUACAAAAGGCAGAAUACAUUGAGAAAAUGAAGAACAAGAUUGCAAUGCUGCACAAGGAAGCUGAGGAAAAGAGAGCCAUGAUCGAAGCCAAACGUGGAGAAGAACUUAUCAAGGCAGAGGAGUUGGCAGCCAAACACCGUGCCACCGGAACCAUUCCAACCAAGGCAUGUGGCUGUUUCUGAAGCUCUUUUAAGUUAUCAUUGAAGUUGUGUUUGUAAAGUUUGUUUCUUGGCUGGUUGAUUUAUUUAUUCAUAAACAGUGAUAUUUAGAAGUGUUGUGUGCUGGGGGUGUAGAAAGAAAAAAAAAAUUGUUGUUCAUUGUUAAUGUGUGCAUUAUUUGAGAGUAUAUAACAGAUAAAAACAUGCAAUGUAAGAGUGUGAUGUGUUCUUUUUAUUCAUUCAAAGUUGUAAGAUCAACAGUGACUGUAGAUGCUGCAAAAUUAUAUGACAAAAUUGAUAGUUUGUUUGGAUCAAAAUGGUUCGAACUUUCCCUUUGACCAUUAUCAUGUUUGUG